GUACGUUAAGUUACGCAGCUCGCUAAGGUUUGAGACGCAGCGUCCGUCAAUCAAUCCUCACAGAAAUAACUGACUGAAAAACAUCACCGUAUUGAUUUAGCGCGUAUCUGAGGAAAUUCACAUUAUCUCUUCGUGUUUUUGGCAGAAGUGUUACCAAAGGUUAUCAGAUUUAAAAUUAGAUAUCGAUUGGGUUGAGAUUUGUGUAAAACCGAACUCUGAGGUAACGUUAAAAUGUUUUAUUAUCCAAACGUGCUUCAGCGUCACACUGGCUGCUUCUCUACUAUUUGGUUGGCAGCUACUAAAGGCAUCAGGAUUUCCAGAAGAGACUAUCUCAAGGUCAACGUCAGGCGAACAUGUGAGGACAUUGUGGAUUACGUGAUGGUCCAGGUUCCUCCAGUCCAUCCCAGUCUUCCCCGGCCCCGUUUCUCUCUUUACCUGUCCUCUCAGCUUCAGUAUGGUGUAGUCAUUGUCUACCAUCGCCAGUGUGCUUUUCUGCUGGAGGAGGUCCAGCAGACCAUCGAGCGUUUGCUUCGCUCAAAGAGACACUUGAACAUUGACAUGCCGGACACUGAUAGGUUGGUGCUGAAUGUCCCUGACACACUGUUCCAGCUGGAGGAGGCAGAAUGGGCACUGGAGCCAUUUUUUGGAGUGAUGGGGGUUGACUGUGAGCCGCCUAGUCCUUACUUGUCAUCUCAGCAGUUUAUAGAGGGCUCAUCUCCUCUGGUGGCCAGAAAGGAAAUUACAUCACCUAAAGGCCUUGUUGCUUCUUCUGAAUCAAUCACUAUCAAAGACGCAGAGCUGGUGCCUGUGCUAGCAGCAGAGUUUGGUGGUGCAGAGUUACCUGAAGCCACGGCUCAGGAGAUCGACAUGCUCAUGGAACAACAAGAUCAGUUCCAUCUUGGUGAUGAGGAAGAUAAGGAGAGAGAGAGGGCAACAGAAGUGGAGAAAUCAGGAGAUCUGGAUCCUGGUAUGGUCUCUAUAGAACAACUGAAGAACAGCGAGUGCAUCGUGGAAGAGGGGAAUGGGCGUCCUACGGAGGUCACCUUAGAUAGGGUGGCUAUGGAGAUGACCCCUCCUCCCAUCACCAUGCCACCAACCACAGAAGCUAGUGAGAGAGACGUGGCGAUGGAGCGCUCCAGUGAGACACUCCUAGUGGAGCAGUCUGUGCCUCCAAAGAGACGGGGUCGCAAACGGCAACUGAUCUUCGCUGACCAAAUCACACAGAUUUCCCAGGAUGCAAUGCGGCAACAAAUCAACAACCCUCUGAUUGAAACUCAAUCUCUGUCUGACACUCUUCUAAGUAUUCCUGCCUCUCGCAAGUCAUCAGCAGCAGUUCUGCUCAGCACACCGUGUAACUUGCUCAUCCACCCUGACCUCCAGGCACUAUGGAAAUGCUGCAGCGUUUUUUCCACGCUCCCCCAUCCCUCCAGGAAACGGCGGGUGCAGGAGGAGAGUGAGCUGUGGGAGAUGGAGAAAGAAAGAGGAACGGAGAGGAGCCGGGAGUCUAGCAGAGAGGUGGUCAGGGAAUCUGGUGCGGCUGCUCUGGCUCUGUCUGAGCUCUCAGCUGGUUCAGACGUGCCGCUGGAUGUGUCUAAAGGAGACAAGUCUCAGAGUGACCUCAUCACUCCCACCAGCAGAUGGUCUCCUAUAGAAGAGGCUCCUGUUUCUAUGGAGGUGAUAUUAGAGGAGCAUGUAGAACUGCCACAGGGAGAGACAGAGCUUGAGAUGGAUGUCAUCACCACUGCCGAACUUCUCCGACUGAUCAACAGCUUCAUCAAGCGCUUUGGAAAGGUUUGCUUUCACUCACUGCUUCCCCCAGAGCCCGAGCGCAGCACUGCAGCUCAUCUGUUCUACAAAAUUCUGGAGCUGCUCUGCAGUCUGAAGUUAAGUGCACGUCAGACUGAAGCGUUUGGAGUCAUCACCCUUACCAUGAACCGUUGAACACACACCUAAGUGCAAACAUACGUGCUCUCAAACAUGUUGAAGCUGUUAGAUUGUUCUAAACUUUUGCUGAGUGUACACACAUUGUUAUGAUGAGAUAUAUUAAGCAAGUUCAGAUAUCAGUUUAAAUACACAGUUUGUAGUCUUGUAUUCAUAACAAACAAAUAUAGAAACGGUUAUAAUAUUUGUGAUGAUUAUGAAUUAUCAGUUACUGGGAUUAUUAUGUUAACAGUUGCAUGGUUUUAGAUGUAGAGUGA